UUUUUGAACUUAAGCUAUGCCUCCCUCUAUCGUGCGCCGGGGCGCGAUGCGCGCCCUCCAGAGCCUCUGCGUUCCCUGUUCCUCCCACGUGCGAGCCUGAGUGCGGGGUGGCUCAGCGAGGCCCGUGCGCAGUGCGCCCCGUGCGCAGUGCAUCUCCGAGCGGCGUCGCGUUUAAAAUUUUUAGACAUUUAUAAAAGAAAAGAUCGACAGCGUGGCGUUAGAAACGAAAAUUCCACCUAUUUCUCCCCCUCCAUUUUUCUCGCUCUUCCAAGGCUCCAGCUAAGAAGUUCUGUGGAGUUCCUCUCUCCGUCUGUCUCCUCGCUAGGGUUUUUCAGUGCUUUAAGAUUUGUUCGAACAACCUUUGUUGGAUGUAUAUGAGGGAUUCAGGGGGAAUUUCUUGUUAUAGAUCCGGGAAUUCUUGUGGAACUCGAGGUUUCGGGCGGGAUUUCUAGGGUCCUGCGAAGAUUCCACCGGCUGCUCUGGUCCUCGUCGAGAAUGCCGGGGCAAAAACCGAAGUUAGAGAAGAGCGAUUCCGCGAAGCAGCUCCGGCGGGACCCCUACGAGGUUCUAUGUGUCUCGCGGAACUCCACCGAUCAAGAAAUUAAAAGCGCUUACCGAAAAAUGGCUCUCAAGUACCAUCCUGACAAGAAUGCAAAUGAUCCUAAAGCAGCAGAUAUGUUUAAGGAGGUCACAUUUUCCUAUAAUAUCUUAUCUGAUCCAGACAAACGACGACAGUAUGACACAGCUGGUUUUGAGGCUGUUGAAUCAGAAAGCCAAGAAUUGGAGCUAGAUCUCUCAAGUUUGGGAGCUGUCAACACAAUGUUUGCGGCACUUUUUAGUAAACUUGGCGUGCCAAUUAAAACCACUGUAUCAGCAACAAUCUUGGAGGAGGCACUGAAUGGCAUGGUGACCAUUCGCCCACUUCCACUGGGGCAACCUUUGUUUAGGAAGGUUGAAAAGCAAAGUGCUCACUUUUAUUCAGUUACAAUUACAGAAGAGGAUGCACAGUCUGGAUUUGUUUGUCGAGUACAAUCAUCAGACAAAAGCAAAUUCAAGCUCUUGUAUUUUGACCAGGAUGAAAGUGGUGGAUUAAGCCUUGCACUACAGGAGGACAGUGUAAAAACAGGGAAGGUCACAUCUGCUGGAAUGUAUUUUCUUGGUUUUCCUGUUUAUCGGAUGGAUCAAAAUGUUAACUCGAUGGCAGCUGUUAAAGAUCCAGAUGCUGCCUUCUUUAAAAAACUAGAUGGGUUUCAGCCCUGUGAACUAACUGAACUUAAGGCUGGCACCCACGUGUUUGCUGUUUAUGGUGACAAUUUUUUCAAGAGUGCAAACUACACCAUAGAAGCUCUUUGUGCGGCCUCUUUUACAGAAGAGAAAGAGUAUCUAAGAGCCGUGGAAGCUCAAAUUUUAACUAAAAGAGUGGAACUCUCAAAGUUCGAGGCUGAGUACAGAGAGGUCCUAGCACAAUUUACAGAGAUGACCAAUAGAUAUGCACAAGAAAUGCAAACAAUUGAUGAGCUUCUCAAGCAAAGGAAUGAAAUUUAUGCCUCAUACUCAACUGGUCCACCUUUGAAGCGGAGUACAAGUAGAAGUAAGAGUAGAGCUGCCUCCAAGGAGGCUAAAGAAGAUGGGUCAGUGAGGGAGAAGAAGCAGACAAUGAGGGAUAGGCCGAAGAAGAAGAAAUGGUACAAUAUCCACUUAAAAGUGGACAAGAGGAAGGCUUGCUAAUGAGGUGAGAAUCCCAUCGACCUCUUGUCAUCUCAGUGGCAGGUCAGUGGCGAUACUCUAGGAUGCUGUCAUUGUUGAAUGGAGGGAAGCUGAAACCAAGCUGUUUCUGCAGUCAUCCUUCGUUGCAGUGGUUAAGUAUCCUUACACUUGUAAGCAAAAUAUAUGAGAUCAAACAAUUCUCGCACCCGGCUGCAUUCACCGAUUAUGAAGUGAAGAUGAUGGUUCUGGAAAUGACUGCACUACUCGAGCAUGUAAAGGAUUACCUCCCAAUCUCAUUGUAAAAAAAUUGUUUCUGUUUGCCAGCCUAGGUCAUUCUCGUCUUUUAUCCGGUAGCAUUUGUUGGCAAUCAUUCUUGUAAAUUGCAUAAUUUAUUCAUGAAGCUCCUUUCCUCAACUUCAUGUCGGGUGUAUUUCAGGUUUUGGUAUAUAAAAAAGAGUGAAAUUACCACUUGGGUGGCAGGAAAAAUUUCCUGCUACUCGCUCGCAAAA